UUGCUAUUUCUUUCUACAUGUCUUUUUAUAAUAUCUCUAUCCUGUUUUACUUUCGUAAAGUUUACAAAAACACGUGUUGGUUGAUCAAGAACCAAGUUGAUUUUCGUAGCAGAUGUACCUAAUAAAUUUUUACUUGAAAUCUUUAGUGAUUUUGUACAAAAAUGGGUUUAAUAUCAUUUGUAAGUAGAAACAUUAAACUUAUACUUACAAUAAUUGUAGUCGUUGUGAGUAUUAUAUAUAAAAAUGAACUCCAAUUACUUUAUAAAAGUUGGAAUACAGUAGAAGUCAGUAUAAAAACUAAGAAUAAAAGUGUAUUUACUGAACAAGAAUUAUCUGUAUACAAUGGAGUAGACAAAAAGAAACUGUAUCUGUCUCUUCUGGGGAAUAUUUACGACGUAACAAAAGGAAAGAGACACUAUGGGAAGGAUGGUUCAUAUAAUUAUUUUAUCGGUAAGGACGGUACAAGAGCCUUUGUCACUGGGAAUUUCAGAGAUGAAAGUAAAAACAAGGACCAUGUGAUAGACCUGUCUUGUGAUGACUUGUUAUCAUUACUGCAUUGGAAAGACACUUUGAAGGAAAAAUAUAAACCAGUGGGUGUACUCAUAGGAAGAUAUUAUGAUGAAGCUGGUCAAUCAACAGAAUACUCAAAGCAACUAAGUGAUAGAAUAGACAAGUGCAAGACUGAGAAGGAAUUGGCAAAACUAGAAGAACAGAAGUAUCCACCAUGUAAUAUGGAAUGGAGUGUAGAACAGGGGUCCCGAGUGUGGUGUACAAAAACUAGUGGUGGAGUGACUCGUGGCUGGGCUGGAGUUCCCAGACAGCUAUACACCCCUGGAGAAGCCAAACCUCGGUGUGCCUGCGUCAAUCUUGUGAAAGACAACUCACAAGCACUUCUUAAAGAAUAUGACAAUUGCAAACCAGACUCUUCAUUUUGUAUUACUAAUAGUUAAUUACUAUAGUUUUUAUUGCAUAAAAACUGUAAUCUCUUUGGAUCUCAUGAAACAUUCCAACUGGGUUAUAAUAACGGAUUCAGUAUUUUAAUAUUUAUAAAUUCUUUCACGAAGUAGCCCAAAGCGCUGUUUUUUUAUAUAAGAAUUGCAUAAUAUUGUAGGUACCUAAAGUCUUGCUGGACCAACAGAAUAUCCUUCAAUAUUAUAUAACUGUUAUAUUUAUGUUUUGUAUACACUUUAGUGAUGUAAUUUUUUCUAAAAUAAUAAUAUACUUUCUAUUUUGUU